GAUAAAGUUAUUACCCACAGGUAGCAAAGUUAUGGCUUACACUGUAUGGCUUUGAUCCAUCUGUGAUAUUGAGUGAAGCUUAAAAUCUUUUCUUUUUGUGGUCCUGGGCGAAAAUGUUCAUCCAGCAUCUUCCACUUCUCCACCCACUUUCUUGUCCUCUCAAAAAGAUUUUAGUCGUACCAUCAUCGCAUCUUCUCGCCAUGUACGUACACAUGAGACCCUACAACUAACAACUAUUGGCUAAAAUACUGCUCAGGAUGCGCUUCUCGAUUCUCGGUAUUCUUGCCGCUGGCCCUCUCUUGGCUGUUGCUCUUGCGAAGGGCUGCGCCAUCUCCUAUCUCUGGCCUGCCGGUGCUAAAUAUGACGUAUUUUGGGACCCGAAGGCUGAAGCCAUUUGCACCGAAAUGGGAGGGACUAUAGCCAAUUCUGAGAUGGCCCUUAAGGAUCGUGGCAGCAAUAGGAACAGAUGCUCUAUCUGUCGGGGUGCGAGAAAUAUAGAUCGGACUGAUGACUUUAACUAUAUUGUCAUACGGGGAAAGCAACGACUGCAAUACUCAGUUCGAUGCGGAUGGUACGAGUGGGGGGACUGUGAUUUGUAUUAGGUAUCAAGCCGCCUGAGGGAGGAUCUGUGGUCAAACCUCUGUGCCUAUUUUCAACAGUAUAUUCAAACG